AUGUCCAUGACAGUAAAUGGGCAAGAAACUACUUUUGAUGUGCUCAAAGCUACUAAGUUGCAUCCCUAUUAUGAGGAACUGAAGAUGAUCACAGAGGUGGAACCUGAGCUAUCAAAUGCAGAGUUAGAUCACUUUCUGGCUUCUAGAGAUCCCUUGGAGAUGGCAUUGAUUUGCAUUGAUUGUCGGAAGUUAAACACUGCAACCAGAAAAGAUCACUUUUCGCUGCCCUUCAUGGAUCAGAUGCUAGAUCGGAUGCCCUUUGGACUAUGCAAUUUUCCAGGUACUUUCCGGAGAUGUAUGAUGACUAUUUUCACUGAUAUGGUGGAAAAAUAUGUGGCAGUGUUCAUGGACUAUUUCUCAAUCUUUGGUGAUUCUUUUGAUAAUUGCUUGCGGCAUCUUGCGGUGUUGGCUCGAUGUGAAAAAACUAAUCUAGUACUUAUUGGAAAAAUUACCAUUUCAUGGUUCGAGAAGGUAUUGUUCUCGGACAUAAGGCAUCAAGCAAAGGCAUUGAAGUUGACAGGGUUUCUAUCGGCGAUUUAUCAAGAACUUCUCAAAGAUCGUGAACCCGAUGUGCAAGCUUCUACAAAAGAUAUGAAGUUCGUGUUCAAUGAAGCCUGUCUAAAGGCUUUUGAACAGCUCGAGUUGUGGUUAAUGACUGCACCUAUUAUCAUUGCACCCAUUGGACUCUUCCGUUCGUGUUGA